AUGACACGUCCAGGCAACGAAUACAAACUGUUAGACAACGUAAUCAUUCCUAAUAACACUCCUCAAGGCACUUUGACGCACCAGGCGCUAUUACAGCACAUGGGAAUAAGCAAUUAUGAAAGUGACGUUACUGGGGAUAUAAACCCUACUAAUGAGGGACCAGUGGAUAUUUCACAGGUACACCAAGACAUGGCUGCGGCUAAACAAUUUCAGGCCUCCUUCUUCGGGCAUUUGCUACCUGAUCUAGCCUAUGCAGUUUAUGAUCCCAAGUUGCCCAGAAUUCAUCUACCAGAUGAUGAUGAGGAAUGGAGUAGCGAAAGCAGUGACAGCAGUAUCGAAGCGAGAGGAACUUACAAUUAA